AUGGCGCCCUUUAUCCCUCGAUAUUCAGUCUUUAAAUCAAACUUCGCUAACAAUUAUUUGGUCUACAUUGAUGAAUCAGGCAGCUCGCAGUAUAGAUAUAUUAGAUGCGAUGGAACAGAGAUCGUGAGCCCAUUCUCAAAAUUCAGAGUGGAGAAGGCAACAACAAGCUCUGCCUUAAUCCACAUAAGAUGCUGUUUCAGCAACAAAUAUUGGAGGCGAAGCAGCGAAGGAUCGGAUUAUAUUGCCGCAGCCGCUGACAAGGCGGAGGAAGACCAAUGCAACUGGUCAUGCACGUUGUUCAAGCCCAUCCAGGCCGGUGAUGACAAAACAUUCCGUUUCCAGCACGUCCAGCUUGGAAACAACGUAUGGUUUAAUCGAUCCGACAAUGACUACCGGGGUUGCUUAAUCGCAAGGUAUUCAACCGAAGAAUCAGAUGGGGCCGAUCUCUUCACGGUUAUCAACUGGGAUUCAUUGGUAAUAUUGCCCAAACACGUAGUGUUCAAGGGCGACAAUGAAAAAUAUCUACGCUACCGUGGUGAGGGUGGUGACGACCAUAUGGAAUUUGGAUGCGAUGAUAUUGGUUCUACAAAAGUUGCCAACGAAAUUUUCUACAAUUUCGACGGAAGCAUCCGGGUGAAGCUCGAUGAGAAUGGCAAAUUCUGGGAGGCCACCCCAAAUUGGAUAUAUCCAAUCUCGACUGAUACUUCAGCUACUUCAGCAACAUCUUUUUGGCCAGUUAAACUCGGGCCAGAAGGGGACAAAGACAAUAUCAUCGCUCUCAAAAACUUGGGCAACGAUAGAUUUGUCCGUAGAACCCAUUACGAAGGAACAGUAGAUUGUGCAGCUGCUGCAUCCUGGGCCACAACCAUAGACAAAGAGGCCUAUUUGUAUGUGGAAGAGCCGUUGGUUUCAAGGAAAGUUUACGAUGUAGAUUUCCAUCUGGGUGAUGUAAGGGUCUACGGCGAACAGAUCGUACUCUUAGCAAGCGACGAAGUGAAUAACAAGUCGGACACUGAAAUAAAAGAUUCUACUCUGUUACUGGAGUAUGAAGACAGUAGAACGAGCACUUAUAAGACUAGCACGUCAGUGAAGACCGGUAUUGAAAUGGAAUUCUCCGCCAGCAUUCCAAUCAUUGCGGAUGUACUAGAUAUUGGACUAUCCAGUAAAUUCUCACUAGAGUUCGGGAAAAAAUACGCAUGGGGUGAGGAAAAGAAAAAGACCAACACAUUAUCUGCUACCAUGAAAGUUGUUGUGCCUCCAAAGACUAAGGUGAAAGUGGAUCUGGUUGCAACCAAAGGAUUUUGCGACGUUCCCUUUUCGUAUGCUCAGCGAGACACUCUUACCAAUGGUAAACAGAUUACUUACAUUAAAGAUGACGGUGUUUAUGUUGGAAGCAAUUACUAUGGAUUCAAUUUUGUGGUCAAGGAAGAAAAGAUUGGGUCUUGA